AUGGCCGAACAGAGCGGAGAUGAGGGGGCGCAGCAGUUUUUUCCCAUCCAAGAAUGGGAGAAACUUCCACCAAUUGAAAAGAAACGAUGUGAAAAUCUUUACAAGAAUCAUAUUUUCUUAAAAAAUAUGGGGUUAAAAAGCAAACCUCCAGACUUCACAGCACUUCAAAACCAACAGCAACAAGCGUCUCAUCGAAAACGAAAAAAAUUUCACGCUCCUUACCGAAGACACUUAAAUAAUUCGGACGACGAUGACGAGGACUGGACACCCGAGUCCGAGUGUAAUAGUACCACAACUAGAUCAGGAAGAUCACUUAAAUAUAGAUAUGUUGCCCCACAAAAAACCCAGGAAAAGGGCAGGAUAUUACCCACCAAGCUAACAGAGACGGAUCCUAAACCAGUUGUGAAAAUGGACCACAUAAAACAGCUGGGAGAGGUCCUAAUGGAGGCUCAUAGUGAUGAUUCCCCUCUGAGCUCUAGCCAGGGAGAUGUUAUUAACUUCUGGAGAACUGCCAUACUUGAACAGUUUCAGCGAUAUAGUGUUAAGGUUGUGCCAACAGGAUAUUGUAGAGCAGAGGCCAUGAGCUCUGACAUACCAUCAAUAAUGAAGGAGGAUGGUAAGGAAUCUUCACUGAAUACCAAGAGAAAAAGUGUGGAUAUGUCACCAUGUGUAGUGAAGAUACCUAAAGAAAAUUCCCUGGCAACUGGUAAAAACACUUUCAAUACAACUCUCUCUUCAUCAAGAUUCACAGACAUUAAGAACACAGCCAAUACAGUUGGAGAUCAGGGAGAUGUAGAGUGCACAGCUGUACAUCACAAGCACUCCGCAGGAACUAUAUUAUUACCAAAUAACCUUCCAGUAGUGACAGGAAGUAUUCAUAAUCCACACACACACGUGAAGGCUGAACCUUACUUAUAUACCUCAACUGAUAAAGAAGAAUUACAAAAGUCAGAGAAUGAUGUAUGUGGCUCUAAUGAGAUGGUACAAGAUAGUUUACAUGAGUCAUUCUGCAAGACUAAGUCAAGGGAUUCUGGCUGCACAUUUUCUGUUGACAGUGGUGAAUGUGAUCAAGCUCAAGAAAGUGGCACUAGCCAAUCAAAUUUUGAGUGUUUUGAGACAUGUGACACUGCAAAAAAUGCAACAAAUCAUUCAGGUUCUGUGAAUAAGCACUUUAUUACUACUGACAAUAGCCCAAGUCAACCAUUGUCCAUUAAUUAUACAAGUGAACAGCUGCUGCCAGUCAAAAAUGACUACACUUGCUCAGUUGCUGGAGAGAAUCAAGAGAAUACAUAUAUCAAAAGCACUAGUCAGUCAUUGUGUGUGGAUGAUGACGUAGGUGAUGAGAAUAAUAUUGUGAAAAAUAGUACUAAUUGCACAACUAUAAUAAGUGACUCACAAAAUGCACUGAUGAGUGAAAAUAAUGCAUCAGUGGGUAAUAAUGAUUCACUCUAUCAGAAGAUUCAUGACAAUAAUGGAGUCAGUCACUCGUCAUUUGUGUUUGAUGAUCAAUAUAAUCGGCAAAGUGAUUUAACAAAUGGAGCAAAUUGUUUAAUGCCAAUAUAUGAGAAUGCCUUUGACCAACAAAUUGCUGUAAAAGCUAACAAUAUUAAUUUGGUAAAUGAUGACCUGUAUAAUGAAGGUCAGUUGUCAUCAAAAGUUAUCAGACCAGACAAUCGGCACUUGACAGAUUUAUUUUGCUAUAGUGACUCUGUGUCUCCUGAAGACAUUUCAUGCCAACAGUCACAACUGACUCUCCAGAAUAGUCACUUACCACCACAGUUGGAGGGAGAACCUAAAAUUCCAGGUAACUUCUCCCCAAAUGGAAAAGCUGAUGCUGUGCAGUUGUCACCAAGAAUAAAUUCAGAAGCUCUUGACAAUAUUUUAAAUGACCCAAAUACUAAACUGUUUUUGCCAUCAUUAUUAGAAGAUUCUUGUGAUUCUGUGGUAUUUAGUGAAUGUAGCAUGUUAGAUCUACCAAAUUCAGAGCAAAAAACAAACAAUUGUGAUGGUGAGCUUUGCAAAAAAGACAUUUGCAACUUAAUUCCAAAUGUAUCUGACAACUGUGAGUCAGCACCACCAAACAUGAAAAAUACCAAUGACCUGGCAUCUACUGACAGUAAUUCAACAUCAAGCUCAAUAAACAGCUUUAAUUCAGGGAUGGCAGAUUUAAAUUGUACACCAAGUGUUCUACCGUUAGAAUAUGAAGUUUCACUUAAAACUACUAAAAAUGAAAUGGUAAAUACCACCUUAAACUGUAUUGGAAAUAGCCAGGAGAAGGGAAAUGAUUUGGCUAUGGCAGUACCAACUACAAGUCCAGAAAAAAAUGUGGAUUCAUUAGUAAAAGAGAAAACCUCCUUCAAGCAAUUGAGGAUAAAAGAAUGUUUAGGCAUUAAUGAUCAGUCUGAACAACCAGAGAAAAAUAUGUUGUCAGGUCUUCAUCCCCAGAAAGGGUGUAACUGUGUUAUCAUUCAAUCUACAAAAGAGGAAGUAGCAACAACUUGUGACAUUGCAAAAUCAGAGUUAAGAGAGACAACUAAAGAAAUCUCUUCCAAAUCAAGAGGCCAUAUUCAUAUCAGGUCCUCACCAACAGUUAGAAAUAUAAGAAGAAAAAGUUUACAGGCUAAUAAAGAAAAUUUGAACCCAUUAUCAACUGAUAAGCACACGGUAGAAUUUGUCGAGUUAACUGCUGCUCAGAAAGUGAACAGCAGCAGAAAUCAUAUGAUGCAGUCAUGGAGAAAUCCUGAAAAGAACUGUGGUGUUCUUUCAAAUAAAUCACCCCAAUUAAGUUCACCAAAAACUGAUUGUAAUGAAAAAUUCAAGACCCAAGUGUACCCAUUCCGUGAUAUCUCAUCAGCCUUUCAGCAAAAUGCUCCGGUGACACAGAGUCGGUGUCUGGUGUCGUCAGUCGAGUGUCAAGAAUCCUCAUAUUCCAACACAGAAUCUGUAACUGAUCAUUCGUCACCCAAACAGAACCCUGUUAGGAGAAACCCACGUCGUGUACGAGGCACUGAACAUUAUGUUGAAGAGAAGAUUCCUGAUGAAGAUGAGUACCUAUACUGUGAGGAUUGUGACCAGGAAUGGGAAGGAGAGUGUCUCAUCCAUCCACUUACAUUAAUUUUAGAUAAUCCAGUUGUGCGUGAUGGUAGUGUGAAGAAUCGUGCUCGCCUUACGCCCUUGGCCUCUGAGUAUAUGUCCAUCUAAAAUAAAAGGUGCUGGUUUGGGUGUUUGGACCACGCCGAUCUUCCUCCACGUCUUGUGUUUGGUCCCUAUGAGGGUCGCUUCUUGGCUCACGUGGAUGAGGGGCAUGAAUCUGGCUAUGGAUGGAGGCUUCGUGAUAAAAGUAACUCUGCAGCCUGCGUUGAUGCAGUUGAUUCAAGUAUCAGUAAUUGGAUGCGGUAUGUGAACUGCUCCAGGAGUGAGAGAGAAACAAAUUUGGCAGCAUUUCAGUAUAAAGGACAGAUAUACUACAAGACUUUAGAGAAGAUCAACAGAGGUGCUGAGUUGAUGGUUUGGUAUGGAGAUGAGUAUGGCUUGGAACUUGGAUUGUCCAGAGAAACCUUUAGAUGGAAAUCUUCUGAGAAGGCACCUAACAGGUAUCAGGAUAAAAAUCAGCCCCUGGUGCAUUCAUCCAGCAACAAAUCCACCAGUGUUGUCACCAGGCUGUGUGGGGAGGAAGCUGAGGCACAGUGUACUGUUAUAUCAACUGAAGAAAACAAAAAUGGUGGACAAGACUUAAGUCAAAGUUUUAUGGCCACAAAAACAUUUGUUGAUGAUUUAGAAAGUAAAGAAAAAAGUUAUCACUCUGGGAAUUAUUUUGUCAAAGUGAACAGUGACACAAAAACCUGCAGAUUAAAAAGAGAUGACUUGUACAUGGAAGGAAAUAUACAAGUAAAUUAUGAACCAACACACAAGAGUAAUAAUAAACAAGUUCAGGCCAGGAAGAAAGAGACAUUAACAGGUUUAGGUGUUCACACAUUGACUGAAAGUACCGUCUAGAUAUCUGAACGACCUUCUUAUAAGACCCAAUAAUUUAUUUGCCUGAUUUAC